AUGGACGCCUGCUGGCGUGUGCUACGCCUGUUCCGUUCAAUGCCAUGCCCUUGCACCUUGAGAACAAACAGCGAGACGAACACGAAAGGAGAUGUCCACGGAGAAGAGCCAGACGCCAACAACAGAUACAAUCAGAACUUCAAGAACCGAUUUUGUGGCUGCGAAUGCGAUUAUGAUCCAUUUGAGCAGAAGGGGACAAUGUUUCAGUGUAUGGGUCUAGGGUCCGUUGAGACGGGCGGGUGCGGUGAAGAUUGGUAUCACCCAGGGUGUCUCGUAGGCAUGGGUCCCAGAUGGUUCGAGAUGGUGAAACCGGAGAAGCCCGCCAUUCAACAGGUGGGUGACACACUGGCAACUAUUGCAGAACAGAAUGAACAAUCGCUGGAGAGCCACCCAGCCAAGAACGAGGCAGCCGUGGCGGACGAGGAUGAUGAUCCUCCUAUGCCCCCUGGAUUUCCGGGUGAGGAUGACUUUGAAGGUUUCAUCUGCUACAAGUGUAUUGAAUCCCAACCAUGGAUCAAGCCAUAUGCUGGAACAUCUGGCUUCUUGCCGGCUGUAAUGUUGAACCACAACGAGGAUACCACGUCUGCCAAUACCACAUCGAGGAAACGCAAGACGGAAAACGAUGUGGAGGAUCAGAGCGACGUCAAGCGCGUCAAGACUGAAGGACAGCAUAGGGAACGGGCAGAAGAAGAGACCCCUACAGUGGCUGACUCUGGGCCUGAAGCAGCCCCUCCAUCUGAUUGCAAGCUACCCAACUUGUCAAUACCACCGCCGGGCCGGUUUUCCCUGUUUUUUAAAGAGGACUUCCGGGACAAAUUCUGCCGUUGCUCCAGCUGCUACAAACACCUGGACAGCAACCCCCAACUCAUGGAAGAAGAAGAGACCUAUGAGCCGCCCCUUUCUGAUGACGGCGCAUCGCAGCACGCCGGGUCAACGCACGGCAGUGGAAGUCUACUCGAACGUGGCGAGAGCGCAUUGCGCAACGUUGAUCGCGUCCGCGCCAUUGAGGGAGUCAUGGCGUACAAUCAUCUCAAAGAGCAACUGAAGCCCUUUUUCCAACAAUUCGCCGAGACCGGGCAGGCAAUUGGUGCUGAAGACAUCAAGGCAUACUUUGCUAAGCUCCGUGGCGAUGAAGAGGACAUCAAGGAGGCAGGCGAGGCAGCUGCCAGUGAUGGCCAUGGUUCGCAUAAGCGUGAGCAAGGCGGAUGUUGA